AUGUUCCCAAAGUUAACUAUAGGUGGCAACAAGAGUUGCAUAAGCCUAAACUCUCCUUCGGUCAGUCCAAACUUGAUUGCUUUAAAAAACUAACUAUUGAUGUCUCCUUCUAUUUUUAAUGCUAACAAUUCUUUUUAUAAAAACAAUAAUAACUAUAAUGUAAACAUCUUUUCUAAUGGCAUGAACGAUUCUUUUUACAAUAGUAAAAAUAGAUGGAUCUUCAAUUAAAUCGAUAAUAAUGCAAACAAAAUUUUAAACUCAUAUAAAAAAGAUGUAAAAGAAAAAUUGCACACUACUGAAGACCUACCUUAAUUUAAUUUAAACACAGAGAGUGAUUAAAGAAUGAAAAACAACAGCCACAGAAGAAAAAGAAUUAUAAUAAAAUCUGUAGAUUCUGAAUCUAUGAUUUCUAACAAUAGUCCUUAAUUCUAGUAAAUCAGUAAUUAAAAUAACAUUUUUUCAGUUUAGUAAUAAAAUAAUCUUGAAAACAAUGUUUAAUCCUUGAAUAAGUCAAGACCACUUAAGAAAAAAGUUGUUCGCAUAACUAUCAAUAGCCCAUAAAACUAAGAUAAAUUUUAUCUUAUGGAUUAGAGCAAUUAAUCAGAAUAUUAAUCUCCUUAAUUAUUAUCAGUAAAUAGUGACUCAGUUAGAUUAAGAAAAAGCAGUUUUUAAGGCUUUGCAAUCACUGCCAGUAAUAAUCAGAAGUCUUUAAAUCAAAGCAGCUCUUUGACAUCAAUUUCUUCAGCAAAAUAAAUUUCAUAAAGCAGUAUAUUUAGUAACAGAUCAAAUAGUUCCAAAUAAACCUAAUGUUCCAUUUAAUACAUACCUAAUGAAUCUGAUAAAAAUUAUCAAGAUUCUCCCUUCUUAAAUCCAUAUCUCGAAGAAGAAAAUCCAAGUAAAUCCUCUGAGCAAAUAAAGAAAUCUUUAGACAAAUCUUUUGAAGAUCAAAUGUAAAAUUUAAACAAUAGUUCUCCACCAAAAACUCCUGAAAGCAGUGAAAAUAGUUAAGAAUCCCCAUACGAAGAUGAUUAAAGCUAUUAAAAUCUUUACAAUUUUUUGUAUUCUGAUAAAAAAAAGUUAAAAAAGAGUACUUCAGUAAAAGGAAUUCUUAAAAAUAGCUAACCAAAACAAUUUGAUGUAAAUUAAACAAAAAUAAUAAAAAAAAGAGUAAGCUUUAGUAAAGUAAAAGAAUAUUUUUGA